AUGUCUGCUGACAACGAAUCCGGAAAGUCGAUCUCGGCUCAGCUCAUGCAAAACCCAGAACUCCUUGCUGCUCUUCAGUCGAAGCUCGAUGGUCUUGCUGGUUUGAACAGCGAAUACAUUCGCUCUUUGCCCGCCGAAGUCAAACGACGAGUCAAAGCGCUCAAGGUUCUCCAGAAGCAGCAGCUUGAGAUCGAGGUUGAGUUCAACAAGGAGUACCACCAGCUUGAACUCAAAUACCAAGAGAAGCUCUCUUCCGUCAUUGACACCAGAAAGCAGAUUAUCAUCGGACAGAAAGAGCCAACUGACGAGGAAUCGAAAUGGGAUUACAGUGAUGAUGAAGAUGACGUUGUCCAAGAGGUGAUGGAGACUAAGGAACAGGAAGCUGCCGAAGCGAAGAAAGUCGCUGGCAUUCCCGAGUUCUGGUUCACCAUCCUCAAGUCUACGCCUCCAAUCGACCAGAUCAUCGAAGAACAUGACGAGCCAAUUCUCGAGCAGCUGAUUGACAUCCGCUCCAAAUUGACCGAUUCCUGCGAUCAAAUGGCCUUCACCCUCGAAUUCGAGUUCGCGGAGAACGACUUUUUUGAAAACAAAGUCUUGACGAAGACCUACAAGCUUCAAAAUAUGAUUGAUGAGGAUAACCCGCUCGGAUACGAGGGUCCCGAGAUAAUUUCUUGCCAGGGAUGCAAGAUUGACUGGAAGCCUGGUAAGAAUGUCACCGAGAAGAUUGUCAAAAAGCGCCAAAAACACAAGGGUCGCGGUACAGUCCGAACCGUCGAGAAGAAAGUCCUGAACGAUUCGUUCUUUAACUUCUUCUCCCCACCCGAGGUCAAGGAUAACGAGGAGCUCGACUCGGACACCGAAAAUCUCCUUGACAGUGACUUCCAAGUCGGUUCUUGCAUUAAGGACCGAAUCGUCACCCGUGCAGUUUUAUACUUUACUGGGGAAGCGCAGGCCGCUGAACGAGAAGACGAUUUUGACGAUCUUGAUGGUGAAGGAGAGGAUGAGGAUGCUGACUACGCCCCAGACGGCGAAGCUGCAGAAGGAAACCCCGAAUGCAAACAGCAAUAA